AUGACCCAGGCAAAACCCGGGAUCACAGAAAUCCGUCGUGCCGAUGGGUCCCCUACGGAUGGCAACAAGGCUGCAGCUAACACCAUGGCUGAGUACUACCUCACGACUGCUCAACCGCCUCACGAAGGUUGGCGUGGUCCCAGACGAAUGGAAGACAUGCGUGCUCUCUCCUAUAUUGAAGUCGGGGGGCUGAACCUUACCAAACAACUACCGUCCGGUAGCCUUGCUCUCGGUGGUCUCAAAGAUAAAGGAGGGACUCAUUCACGACAAAAUCCACGAGUUAGUCGAGCAGGAUUGCUGAUUGCACGAUUCCCAGCACGGGUUCCGUGGAAAGCGAUCCUGUCAAACCAAUCUCGUUAA